UUAGUGUGUGGCAAAUAAAAAUAAAAGCUUGUGCGAUUUGGUGUAAUUUUUCUUGAUUAUUGUUUGUAAAAUGAUUCCAGUUGUUCGUUAACUGUCCUGUUCUGUUGGGCGAUUAUAAAGUGAGCUUGCGAUUGUUUGGCAGCAGAUUGUCGAAAAGAAAAGCCAUCGUAAAAUAGGGCAGCGUGAGCUGUUUUACGCCGUGUGUGUGUUGUUUGUGGUGGGAAAGGAAAACCCACAGCUCAUCAGAGGUGCUCCCCAGCGCAGCAGCCAGUGACCAUAGUGUGAACCGUCUGGCGGAAAGGUGCGACGGCUCAGACUCGUGUAAAUAGGAGGUGUUUGCCGAAGCGGGGUACUGAAAAGAAAAAUAGAUCAUCGGAAAAUCCCCCUGUGACGAUAGGGAGGAAAAUAUUUUUGGUGCUGCGGCGGAAAAAGGAUUGCUACCGUUCCUACUAUGGCCGAUCAAAACGAGAAAAUUCUGCUGCGGUUACUACAAAUCGACGGAAAUAAUGAGUGUGCAGACUGCGGAACGAAAAAUCCCGAAUGGGCCUCAUACAACAUUGGCAUAUUUUUGUGCACACGGUGUUGCGCAGUUCACCGGAACAUGGGCGCACAUAUAUCCAAGGUAAAGCAUCUGAAACUGGACAAAUGGGAAGACAGCCAGCUGGAACGAAUGAUCGAAGUUGGCAACAAAUCAUCGAAGAUCAAAUACGAACACCGAGUCCCUGCCUGCUAUCGACGACCGAGAGAAAAUGACCCACAAAUCCUUAUCGAACAGUGGAUCCGUGCCAAGUACGAACGACUCGAGUUCUGCAUGAACGAACGACCCAUAUACACUUCGGGCCACAUGGAAGGUUUCCUGAUGAAGCGCGGCAAGGAAGAUAGCCGCUACCAGCUGCGUAAGUUCGUUUUGUCCGAGGCGGAUGACACACUACGCUACUACGUCAAAGAGAAACGUGAACCAAAGGCAAUCCUAAGAAUUUCCGAGCUGAAUGUCGUAUACGCCCCAGCCAAGCUGGGAAACCCCAAUUCUUUGCAAUUAACAUUCAUGAAAGACGGUACAACGCGACAUAUUUACGUUUACCAUGAUGAUCCGAAGGAGAUCAACAACUGGUAUAUGGCGAUACGUUGCGCCAAAUUGCACCGACUGCAGAUCGCUUAUCCUAGUGCGGUAGAAAGCGAUCUGAUGGAUUAUUUGACGCAUGAUUUCGCCCGCGAGGGCUGGUUACUGAAAACAGGACCGCGAACGACUGACAGCUACAAGCGACGCUGGUUCACACUGGACGAUCGCAAGUUAAUGUAUCACGAUGACCCGCUAGAUGCCAACCCGAAAGGGGAGAUUUUCCUGGGCAAUCAACUCGAUGGUUACAGCAUCCGAAUAGGAGCACCAGUUGGUGCCAAGGAUCAGGGCUUCAGUUUUACGCUUUUCACACCCGAACGGACCUAUAAUUUGUCGUCACACAGUGAACAGGAUCGAGACGAAUGGAUGACUAUGAUUCAAAGAGUGCUGGAAAGACCGCUCAGUCCGCAGGAUAGUUCAAUAUCGGCGCGACUCAUUCGAAAACGCGGUGGAACCAAUUCGAUAAACAUCUUCACCGGCAGGACGGGAUCGCUCAUUAGCAAGCGGGGAAACAGUUCAGUACAGUUGAGGAUAACUACUGCAUGUUCGUGGCAGUGAUUGUGAAUGAUUGUGGAAAUUUUCACGUUACCUGGAUUUUGGAAAAUGAGUUCGGAUAUGGAAGAGCAACACGAUUCACUUUAUUGGCUGCUACCGCAAGUUAUGCUGAGCAUUCUGUUACUUGAUAGACUGUAGAAUGAACCUUGAAACAUAUGAACUAGAUCCCUUAUUUUCCUCAAUUUACCACAAACUUUAUUGUAAUAUUUUAUAGAUCACGGAGGUUUCUAUUUGUUUAAUAAAUUUAUACAAUUUUUAACGUUUUAAAUUUUAUUUUUGGCUGCCUCAAAAGAUCGAUCUUCUUUAGAAUCUUAUAUGAUAAAAUAUGCUUUUUCAAAAGCAAUGCAAUGCUUGCUUAUUUUCCUGUGAAUUUAUGAUAAACGGAACCAAACAAUAUGAAACAAAUACGGCAACACAAACUGGAUCUGAGAAGAAAAAAUCAAUUGAUCAUAUAAACAAAACAAGAGAUGCGUGUGUACAUUUUUAGGCUACCAUAAUAUCCAAUAGACGAUAAUCAAGUAGAUAGACAAAUAUAAUUAAAUUGUACUGUAAAAACACAAAUAGCAUAUGCGUAAGCAACCAAAAUAAUUUCAACUCAUAUUUGUGUUGAGAAACGGUUCAAACUUUGCACUUUUAUUGAAAUGGAUCGCCUGUUUGUCUAGUUAAACACAAAAAAACAAUCCACCUAGUUUAUUCCGAAUGAAGUAGCUUAUUUUAGCGUCUAGCUUUUUCACCAAAUAAAACAGAAUGAACUUAGAAGUACCCAAUUAGAUUACUGAUUUUUGCUCAAGAUGCAUAUAAUUUACGUCGUGUAAGUAGGAGAAACUGACCGAUCGAACCAUCACUACUAGUAGACUAGUACCAUUCACCUUUUUUUUUUUGAAAACAGCUUAUUUGAGUAUUUAUGUCUAAACGACGCGCAUGGGAGUAAUGCAAUUUUCUACUCACACUGAUGAUACAUUUGGUUUCGCGCUCAUUGAUGAACCAAUUGAUGUAGGUCGAACUAACUAAGAAAAGGAAAAUGUAAUAAUCUGCCAAAUAUAGCUAAAAGAAACGGGGCUUAACCGAGUAAACAACUAUUGUGCUAUUAGUAAGGAUUGUAUCGUAAUAUGUAAUUUAAAGAGUGCCGCUACCAAGCACAUGUAAUAGCUCUGAUUAGGUUAAACAUCAUUCGAAAACAAGAGACUAAACCGGGGCAAAGUAGCGAGGAAUUAUAAAGACUAGAAACGAUUUAAAUAUAAGAAUAAUCUUUCACUAAACU